GGACGGCGAGAGCGGGGUCGCGGGUCGUGGGUGUGGGCUAUGGGCAAGGACUACUACCAGACGCUGGGCUUGGCCCGCGGUGCGUCAGACGAGGAGAUCAAACGGGCCUACCGCCGCCAGGCGCUGCGCUACCACCCGGACAAGAACAAGGAGCCCGGCGCCGAGGAGAAGUUCAAGGAGAUCGCCGAGGCCUACGACGUGCUCAGCGACCCGCGCAAGCGCGAGAUCUUUGACCGCUACGGGGAGGAAGUCGAAGUGAAGAGGGGGUGGAAAGAAGGGACCAAAAUCACCUUCCCCAAGGAAGGAGACCAGACUUCCAGCAACAUUCCAGCUGACAUCGUCUUUGUUUUAAAGGACAAGCCCCACAAUAUCUUUAAGAGAGAUGGCUCUGACGUCGUGUACCCAGCCAGGGUCAGCCUCCGGGAGGCUCUGUGUGGCUGCACGGUGAAUGUCCCCACUCUGGACGGCAGGACCAUACCCGUCGUGUUCAAAGAUGUCAUCAGGCCUGGCAUGCGGCGGAAAGUUCCUGGAGAAGGCCUCCCCCUCCCCAAAACGCCUGAGAAGCGCGGGGACCUAAUUAUUGAGUUUGAAGUCAUCUUCCCCGAAAGGAUUCCCCAGACAUCGAGAACCGUACUUGAGCAGGUUCUUCCCAUCUAGCCACCUGCACGCCCCAAGAACUGACCAGGGACCUUUCAAAACUCAAGGAUUUCCAGCUCGUUCCACCAGUAGUGGGCCCACGAGAGGGCGGGAGGGCCCAGGGCGGGCUUUCGUACUGCUGAAUGUUUUCCAGAGAAUAUAUUACAAUCUUUCAAAGUCGUGCACUAGACUUAAGUGGUUUUUCGAGCGAUAGGGCGGCAGGUGGGGGCAGAGAGCAGGAACAGGUACUAUAGUCUGCCACCCUGCAGCCCUCCCCCUCCUCCUCGGUGUCUGCACAGGAGCAAGAGGCUGAACCACAACUGGAUUUGAACCCUUGGUAGUUCCUAUCCAUGUUCCCAGCUUUCCCGUCGUCUUGGUUACCAGCCCCCGAUACUCCAGCAUCUUGUGUGCUUGGUUGGUUUGUGUUUUCUUCUGUGUUGUCUCCCACGUCUUGCUCUUCCCUGCAGAAGCCUACCUGUCCUUUUGCAUCUCAAAUUGAGAGCCGAGACCAUUCCCUGCAAAACUGCCUAGCUGGCACCCAAGGCAACACCUCGUCCCAGCAGGACCAAGGGAGCCGGCAUCGCGCCACAGCCUCUUUUGGGGGCCCCCGGGGACCUUGGACCCUGGCAAAGCCUAGGCACUUAGGUGUCACACUUGCCCCUCUAUGAGGCCACCAUUGGGCACACCUGGGCUGUGGCAGAGCCCCAGCUCUUUUUAUUUUGUUUUUUGGUCUCCUGAACUAAUGGACUCUGGACUCUUUCAAGAGGAUCUAAUCCUCUUGAAUUUUGCACAGCCACAGAUAUAAUCCCUUUUGAUAAAAGGGUCUUUGCUUCUGAUGACUGGAGCACUGUGGAACGUCUGUAAAUAUGUUUUUAUAAUUCCAUGUAAUGUUGGUGGGCACUCAGACAAAGCCAGUCCAGGACAGCUGCUGCCCUCUGUCCAGGGCCCUGUCUGAGUCUAGAAGAGACCAUGGGGAUGGGGAGGCCUCAGGACACAUGUCUGUUCCCUGGAGGCCAGUCUAACGCUCAGCCCUGUAGACUCUGUAAGUUGCCACUGCCAACCCAGGAGUUAAAGCCUGUGACUUGUCAUUGUGCAGCACAAAGGCAUUAAAGACUGAUGCAAAACCUCA